AUGAAUAGAUUAUCUCUUUCAAACUAUUUAGAUUCUUGUCCCAAACUAUUUGGGUAUAGAUUUACUGAAGCUGCACAACAGAAAAUACUCGAACAACUAUUUUCAGAAUUCUGGAGAUCUAACGAAGAGUACAAACCUUUAUUUUUUCCAAAUGGUUUUGGCGAAGGUUCUAAUAUAUAUAAACUAAGUUCCAUCAAAGAGGAUGCUAUGACUGAGUACUCUCCUUCACAGAAAGGAAAGGCCUGUGGUCACGUCUUUAGGAAAGACACAUCAGAUACAUCUCCGGAUUUUGACAACUAUGAAACGAUACAAUAUGAGGAGCAAUUGCCCCCUGAUCUCCUUAAUUCUAUUCAUGAAACCAUUUCCACUGUCCUUGAUUUUAUAUUAGAUACUUUAACUGCUUCCCCUGAGGAGAUGAGUACUCCUAUUAAUGAAGAUGAAGUUAGGCGGGAAGCCGUGAAAGCGAGUUUUUCUAUUAGAAAUUUGACAAAUAAUACUGAAGAGGAAAAAAUGUUUGCUGUUGUGCUUUGGAACGAUGAACAUCAUUCUUUUGAUGAGGUAAUAGCUCGAGUUGUGGACGCUACUCAAUGCAGUCAAGCUGAAGCAAAGGCUAUGGCCGAAAAAGUUGAUUCUUAUGGACGAGAUAUUGUCGAAAUAUCUGAAGACAUUCCUCGACUUAUUACCAUAGCAAGGACUAUAUCAUCUAUAGGGCUGGCCGUCACGGUGAGAUCUGCACGAGAUACUUUUCGUGAAGGAAUGUGUGGUCUGUUCAUUGAUUGGUUGAGAGAUCUUGUUGGCGGAAAAAUAGGAAAAAAUGCUAUAAUAUUGAAGGAGAUUAUUUGUGAAGAACUUUGUAAGGAAUGGAAAAGACCUCGCCGCGUUAAGAUAACUAAAGCAAAGGCUAAAACUUUUGAUGACGUAUUUGAUGAUAGGCAAAGUGAAAAUAUUCAAGCGGAAAAUGAUUAUAUGACUGAUGACGAAGUAAUGGUAUUUGUAGAUCAUGAAAAUGGCAUGAAUAUUGAAGAUGAUACAUCCACUGAAUGCAAUCAAUCUAAUGAAUAUAAUAUUGAUGAUGAUAUGUCGAUGGAUGAAGAAUCAAAUGACACUAUAGAUUUUAUGGAUGAAGAUGAAUAUAUAUUAUGUCAAUCUGAAGAUUUUAAAAAGGAACUACGACUAGAUAAAUUGGUAUUGUUAGAUUUAAGACUUUGGAAAGAGGCGCGAGCAGGACUUAGAGAAUUAUAUAUAGGGUCUUUGAUUGUGAAUCGAGAAUAUAAAAAAAAUUUGGGUAUUCGGUUUGCUCGCAAUUAUGUCAAACUUGCAAAGGCGUUUCUUACUCCCGAUCGUGAACCCGAGCACUCUAUUGUCCUUUUCUCCGUUCAGCUCUUUACUGUCCCUUCUAUAUCUACUAUCCUCGUCACACAAUAUAACUUCCUUUCUACAAUAUUUACGAUCCUCCACACAUUCUUUACUUCUGACACAGUCGGAGGUCCUAUAAAUUUACAUGCUAAGAUCGAUUGUGAUUCCGACAGUUUUAAAAAUCGACGUUAUUUUCACAUAUUUCAAGACCUUCGGUACAUCAUUAGUAAUGAUACCGUAAAAAAAGCAGUUCCAAAACAACAUCAUUAUUUGACUCAAUAUCUCAAUUUGAUUGCUUUAUUCCAAGGAAUGAACCUUAAUGUGCGUGCUACUCAACAGCACGUUGAAUAUGAAAAUGAUAGCUGGGUAAACGCAUUUAAUGCUACUUUACAAAUCGCCAAAAGUUGCCGUCAGUUUUCUGAGUGCUACGCUGAAGAUACUGCAACUUUAUGUAUGACCAUUCACACUGUCUUACGAAAAUUAUAUGAAAUAUGUGCGAGGAGUGAUGAUGAUACAGAUAAAAUGGAUGAAACAGAUGAUGAUCAUCAAAAGGAAGCUGUUAUUCCUAAUUGGGAAACAUCCUCACCCAAUUCACACGGACCAUUUACAAGGAAUUCCAAAUUAUCUGAUAAAAGUGAUGAUAAGGAUGAUACUAGUUCUUCUAUACGUGAGCCUGAAUUUUAUGAAAUAAGUUUUCCGCAAAAUUCACUUUCUUUCAAGGUUGUAAAGUUUGAAGUUGCUUCACAACCUGUAAGCUUUCAUAACCCAUUACACUGGUAUUUGGCCGAAUUAUUAGAGAAUGUAGAUUUAUUGGAUGACAAUAUGUUAAAGCAACAUGGGUGGGAUAACUUUCAGAAUAUGAUAAUGGGACUUGAUGUUGGAAGUGGUGAAUCAAGUUUUAUAAUUCAAAAGGCUACAGAAAAAAUUUUGAGUGUAAUCGAUUAUCCAUUGAGAGUAUUGGUACUAUUGGCCCAGAUUCGUGCUGGACUAUGGGUACGGAAUGGCUUUGGCAUUAGAGGUCAAUGUCAUCAUUAUCGAGAGUUUUCUCUCCGAGAAAAUACAUAUGACGAGGAUAUCUAUCUUAUUCAGACCGCAAUGGUUAUUUUAGAUCCAAAUUUGGUUCUUGCGACUAUUUUGGAUCGAUUCGACCUUGUGGAUUGGCUUAAUGGCGGGACUACACACAAGAUAUAUGAUACUUCUCAAUUGAUAUUUGUUGCAGAAGAAUUAUUAACACUCUUGAUUAUUUGUGUAAGUGAACGUGCUAACGCGGCAGGAUUGACCAUCGAACAAGAAAUUAAACAAGAGAUAAUCCACGGAUUAUGCUUAGGUUCCAUAGCAUAUUCAGAAUUGACAAAACGUAUUCCAGACCGUCUUACACAGGAUCCAUUGUUUGACGAAAUAUUAAAACAGCUUUCCCAUUAUCGUGCUCCAGACACAUUAACUGAUCAUGGAUUAUAUGAACUUAACGAUCAGUAUUUUGAUGAAGUGGAUCCGUACUUUAUACAUUAUUCGCGAAACAAUCGAGAAGAGGCUGAAGAGGCUUUGAAAAAUAGAAUGAAGAAAAAAAUGGACAGUCUCGAAAAACCAAGUACACCAUUAAUCAUACCAAAAUUGAUCCCAAUUACCAAUGGACCAUACAUACGAUUAGGAAAUAUGCUCCACGCGCGUUUAUUGAACCAAAUAAUAUUUUAUUCUCUCUGGCACGUUAAAAAUGAAGAAAAAAUUAAAUCAGACACGCUGAUAGACGAAGCGCUUCAUCUAAUUAUACUAGCCUUAUCAGACGAAAAUAAUGAUAUUGUUCGGGAAAAUAAACGAAAGGGCAAGCAAAAAGCAGUUGAUACUCCGAUACCAGUAGAUGUUGAUGAGGGUAUGCCUGGAUUUAUGUAUUAUGCAACAUUUGAUUGCUUCUGUGAGGCGAACACUAGCGCAAUGGAAACUCAAGGCACAAGCUUAUUGGACUUGUUACUUCAAUUUUCUUGCGAGCAAAGUUUCAAAGAAUCACAUCACAAAAUAGAAUUUAUAAUUAAUAAAUUUGAACAGUUGGGCAGUGAUACGGCUAAAAUGACCAUCACUAAACAUUAUGAGAAAAUUCGACUCGAAUCACAGUCAAAAACCGGAGAGGAAGACGGGCUUUCAGAGUUUGAACGAAAAAAACAGGCUGCUAAAGAAAGGCAGAAAAAAAUUAUGGAACAGUUUGCCAUUGCACAAAAAAGUUUCAUAGAUAAGCAUGAAGAAUUAUAUGAGAAUGAUGAAAUGGAUCAAGAUUGGGAAACUCCAUCUACCGAAGAUCGAUUACAAGUUGAUACUAUAAAAAGCUCAGAGACAUUUUGGUCAUAUCCCACUGGAACUUGUAUAGUUUGUCAAGAAGAAACCAAUGCAUCAUCACUUUAUGGUAUACUUGGACUUGUUCAACCAUCCAAAUUAUUGAGACAUACAUCAUUCGAUGAUAAAGAUUAUGUAUUCGAAGCGAUUAAUUGUUCAGAAAAUUUAGAUCAUAAAUAUGAUCGCUCAGUCCCGUACGGAGUUGCAUCUCUACCUUAUAAUGUGGCAGGGUCUGAAUCAUCAGCUACAUCUAGUCAUUUUGUGAGUAAAGGUUUCCCUUCCAAUUCUUGUCGGUUGGGAUCGUAUGCUUCAACAUGUGGACAUUUGAUGCACGUAAAAUGCUUUGAUACUUAUUUUGCGUCAUUAGAACAGCGUCAUCAACUACAAUUAGCAAGAAAUCAUCCAGAAAAUGUCAGUCGAAAAGAAUUUAUGUGUCCGUUGUGUAAGAGUUUGGGUAAUGUCUUAUUCCCUGUUGUUUGGAAAGUAAAGAAAGAAAUUAAUUCUGAAACUUUGGCCGAAAAUGAAGAGUUUGAAACAUGGUUGUGUGAUAAAAUCGGAUCUGUUAUAGAGAAGUCGGAUAUAAACAUUGAAUCAGUUGCAUCAAAAUCGCUUGUUCCACUUUCAGAUAUUGAAUUCACUCGUAGACAUUCAUCAUUUGCUAUUGGAACUAACAAUCGAGAUUUUACUAACAACACUGGAUUACCGGCACAUAAUCUUGCUCAAACAAUUCCGAACCAACAAAGGAGGAAUAGCAGUGGUCCUGGUAGGCUUAGAGACGCAUUUACUCAAAUUGUACAACACAUGCUAAGAACUCCAACUGCUACACAAGAUGUAUCUACUCCUGCCACUGAUGAAUUAUCAGUACUUUCAACUCCAACCUCAUCAAGGACUGAUGGAUCUACGACUUCUGAAGAUGAAGAUCAUGAGACAAUUCGUAGGAUGUACAAUCGCUUAGCGGAAGUUGUACAUAUUUCUUAUCAGAACGUUUUAGGUGAUAUUUCUUUUCAAAGUAUGCAGCAUCUAAGUGUUGAAUGUAUUUGGGAUUUAUUUGGUUACACGAUAUCUUGCGUCGAAAUAUCUCAACGAGGUGUUGGUGAAAAUAAUCCAGGAGCUACUAUUGUUGACAGCUUAAGCACACAAACACUAACUAUUCUUAGAAUUCUUUCGGAAACUGCUAUUACAUAUAUUAAUACAAUGUUAGUUGGUCAACCCGCUGAGGCUAAUUUGAAGCAAAUAGCUUCCUACAGAAUUAAGCAAAUAUUUUACGGACACCCUACAAUGCAACAGCAAAAAAGUACCACAAUUUCUGGCUCUGUUAAUGAUGAAUCAAUACAGACUCAAGAGAAAUUUGAUUCAAGCUUCUUAUCAAUAAAGGCAAAGCCUUUAUUACUAGAAGAUCCCUUUCUAUUGCUUGUUGAAUGUAGUAUGAACACAUCUUUGGCAAUCGAAUGUGAAAUUAGCCAUUUGAUAAGAACACUAUUUGUAGCUGAAGUUGUCAAAGUAAUACUUUCUGUUGCUGAAUCGGCCAUUGAUGACAAGACUAGGGCUUGGAGAGAUGAAUUACGCCUUAACAAAGAUUUUACCGCUGAGUGCGCGUUUCCAGAAUCAAAAAGGUCUUCAUUUCGGGGCUUUGCUUCAUGGGUAUUACAGCAAGUUGGUAACGACAAACAUGAUAACAUUAAUUUCCUGGACGAUAUAGGAGAGUCAGCAUUCCUAAACAUCAUUAGAACAUUCUGCUUGCCUUAUUUGAGAAAAUGUAUGAUCCUAUUGCAUUCGAGAUUUGGCAUCGUGUUUUUCACUCAAACAUCGAAUGCCAUGGAAACAGAGCUCAAUGAGUUUACAAGAUUGAGCAAAAUAUUAAGACUUCCUUCAUUGGGUGAUAUUUGUUCAUUAAAUGAAACAAAUAAAAGUGAUACAAAUAUGCUUGCAAUUAUUGCAGGUUGGUGUAAUCAUCUGAACGCCCUUAGGCGAGAACCCCUAUCUAUAGUAGAUUUGUCUGGAAGUCCAAGUGAUUCUAGCUAUUCAAAGGAACCAUUGGCUGUUACAAUUAAUCACCCAGCCAUAUUCGAAUUAGUAGGAUUACCGAAGAGAUUAGAUUCUUUAUUCGAAGAAAGCAUGAGAAGAACAUGCAAAAAAUGUAAAAGUGUGCCGAAUGACCCGGCCUUGUGUCUUUUAUGUGGUACCUUUGUAUGUAGUCAAAGCUACUGUUGUUCUGAUGAGACUCGGGGUGAAUGUUACAUUCAUGCAAAAAGUUGUGGUGGUGAUAUAGGAAUCUAUUUACUUGUCAAGAAGUGUGUAAUAUUAUUACUUCAUCUAGAAAAUGGAUGUUUCCAGAACGCACCAUACCUUGAUACUCAUGGCGAAGUGGAUUUGGGGCUAAAGCGUGGCAGACCACAAUUUCUUAACCAAAAGCGGUAUGAUGAAAUUCGUAAGUUAUGGUUGACACACGGUGUGCCAAUACAUGUUGCGAGAAAGAUUGAACAAACGUUUGAUUUGGGAGGAUGGCCGACUAUGUAA